AAAAGGAAAAAGUCUACACAGCUAUCCUAUGCUCAGCCCACAAAGAGAAAUAGUAUUGGAGAGGCAGGGCAGAGGUGCAGAUGAAAAGCGCCUAGAGAAACUCUUGCUUUUAGCCUUGACUUACAACUACCAGACCUCCUGAGUAAAAAUGAACGGACAGAAGCUGUGGGCGCGGGCGGCUGUCAUGGUGCUCCUGAUGCUAACGGUGAUGGCAGCUGAAGGUGGGAAAGCAGAGAAACAAGGAAAGAAGGAGCGCAAAUCAGACUGUGGGGAGUGGCAGUGGAGCGUGUGCGUAGCCAACGAGGGCGACUGUGGACUCGGCACCAGAGAGGGAACGCGCUCCGGCAUAGACUGCAAGCAGACCAUCAAGACCCAGCGCUGCAAGAUCCCCUGCAACUGGAAGAAAAAGUUUGGAGGGGAGUGCAAGUAUGAGUUCCAGGCCUGGGGUGAAUGCGAUCUGGCAACAGGCAUGAAAAACAGAACAGGAGUUCUGAAGCGAGCACUCAUGGAUGCGACCUGCGCCGCCACUGUCACAGCCACUAAGCCUUGUGGGAAAAUCCCCAAGACCAAGCUGCAAGAAGCAAAGAAGCAAAAGAAGGACGGCAAGAAGCGAGAGCGCGCCCAGAUGGACUGACGAGGUUGCUUGAGCCGGCGAGAUAAGAAGACGACUGUGGAAAGAUGUACACAGCCCCGUUUCAACAUGGCUCCUCUUUAAAUGUCCUGUAGCUUCACUAUAUGAGCCUCUAUACCUUUUGAUAAAACCAGUGGAAACAUGACUUCUAGUGAAAAUGUUAUAUUCUUCUCCUUCUUUCUGGCGCCUGAGGAGGAAAAAAAACUUGCCUUGUUACUGUAGAGGAUAAUACGCAGCGGUAGUGACGGCUAGUGAGAAGAUUUGUUUGUUCUCAAUUAAUUAUGCUAUUUCUAGGAUUAUUUUCUCAUGAACAAAUUGCCCAGGAUUUGUUUUACAGUUGCAAACCCAAACUCUAAUUUGGAAAACUCUUUGGUCCGUGGUCAGACUUAAUGAAGCAGUUUGUUGGAAGUGAAUCUUUAAGCAUCUUCAAUUAAUUUAUCUGAGCCGGGAAAUAAAAAACAACAGAAAAAAAGAAAUACAUUUGCAUUUUUUGUUACUGAAGUUAACUGUUAGUCCUUCCUCCCAAUCAAACUGUGGUAAAUUUUCACCAAGCAUCAUCAUAAGCCAACUUUGUUUGACGUUUACAUGAAACGACAGCUGUACAACUGUGCUAAAAGUCAUUUACCUUUAUCCUCUCGCUGCUCUGGUCUUUCUAUGUUCAUACCGACAUAAGGCUACUCUCUGUUUCUCCUGAAUGUAUAUUCAUUGUAGUAACUAUUUUGAGUUAACUUUUCUCUCCACGUAUGUUUGCAAAAAUAAAAAAAAAAAUAAUAAAAAAAAAGUCGUAAAAGA